AUGGUUGAGGUAGGACAGGUGCUCGUGAUGAUGGUCGUGGUGCUUGUGGUGGUGCUCUCGGUGCUAACGCAGACCGAAAGAAUGGAAACAGAGUUUGACGAAGAGGGAGGGGACGACGAUGAAAAGCGGCUUUGCAUGGCCCGGGCGUUUUUGAGGGAACUCGCAGCACAUAGGCGCAGUGUUCGGCGCGAACAUGAAAACGAAUCAAGGGAGGAAGAAGGGGAUGAAGGAGAGGAAAGCGAUGCGGGCACUGAAGGAGAAAUUCACGAAGUGGAAGACUGUGAAGACGCCGAAGAAGGGGACGCUGCGCUAGCGGCUCUUCUACGGAAGCACACAGAUGCGGGGACUCCGCAGUCAUACCGAAAGAUCCCCGCUUCGCUGGGGUUGCGCUUCAGAUGUUUUCUACGGGGUCACAAGCUGCCUGUGACAUGCGUAGCGGCUCCUGGGAUGGGUGAUGCUUCUGAGAAGCAGCGACAGCAGGACUUUAUUGGUUUCGCUCAAGGGUCGUCAUACGCUGCAGAGGCGUCACUAGACCGACAUAUAUACACUGGUGGGAAAGAUUGCUGCAUACUACGGUGGGAUCUACAAGAAGGAAAGAAGGUUGUUUUUCGAGGAAAGCGGAAUGAUUUUCACUGCGGCGGACAUUUCCGCCCGGUACUCGGUCUCUGCGUAGCGCCUGAUGAAUCAUUCUUUUGCUCAGUGGGCGCCGAUCAGCUUCUGCGGAUUUGGGACUAUCGGACAAGCACCACCAAGUGCAUAGCAGCUCUUCGCGGGCACAGCGAUGCCAUCUGCAGCGUAAAGCUGAACAACUGGCCGUCUGCGGGGGCAGGUGGGGGUACCGGCUCUUCACCCUAUACAGGCACGCAGUCCUUUUCUUCAGCCGGAGAUAUCGAGGUCGUAACGUGCGGAGCAGAUAAAUCUCUUAAGCUAUGGAAUUUAGCCCUGCGUGCGUGUCUGAACAGCUAUUACGGUCACACAGCCCCCGUGACGGCUAUGGACGUGAUGCUGCCCAAUCGACCACUUACAGUUGGUGAAGACUGCACAGCAAGGAGUUGGAAGCUGAUGCAGGACACGCAUCUGGUUUUCGGCCCCCAUUUGACUUCCGUAGAUGCGUGCUGCUAUUUGAUGCCUUCUCUCUUCGUUUGCGGCACUCAAGGGGGUGUGAUAUCGUUGCAUUCUACCUUGCGUAAGCGCCCGAUCGCUGCUGUGCAGCAAUCCCCGUUAACAUCAAAAAGUUCCAGCACGAGUGGCUACAGUAGCAUGAAAGGCAUUACAGCGAUGGCAGCGGUGCGAAGAAGCGAAGUAUUUUUCGCUGGUACGGCAAGCGGUGUUGUGCAGAUGUGGCGGGCGAAGAAGAGAAGGAAGCGGGAAAGACGGCCAGCUUCUCUGCGGCUAAGUAGCACGGUACAAGUGAAUGGACUGGUGACAUCACUUUGUCUCACGCCAUCGGAGCGAGCUCUUGUAGCUGCCGUUAGCAAGGAGACUCGUCUGGGCCGGUGGAUUGUGGACAAGAGAGCACGGAACGGCAUCGCCGUGAUCAGUCUCGUACACCAAGAGAAUACGAAUCAGGCAUGGACCGAUUUGGAGGAGGAAGAGUCUAGCGAUUAG